ACAUUUUCGUCGUUUGCACAAGUCGACAAUUCGCAGGGAGCCCAAGACUCCCUUCAUGAAGCCCGCCGUUGAACCGUCGUCGGCCGAGGACGACCAAAUCGUCGUCGCGAUCGAUCGCACCGACAACAUUGAUCGCGGGAUACUCGCGCCGCACGAACCAGUCGCGCCGGAUGGAACACGUACGGUCUACUGCCAAGGUGAGAGCUGCCGCGUGCAAUGGCGCCAAGUAGCCCUUGACGCGACCAGUGCCAUGUGUGUCAAAGGCAAGCUCUACUGUGCAAGCUGCUUUGCGGCGCUUGACGGCAACCCAGUGGCGUCGCCUGUGCGCCGUUUCUCAACGAUCAAGUCGUUCAAGCACUCGGACCGCGACGCCAAGCUCGACAAGUACGAAGCCAUCAUGAAGGACUCGGCCGAGUACCUCUUCUACCUCUGCGUUCUCGUGGUGGUUUGGCCGCUGCCAUGGAUCUACUACCAUCGAUGGCUCAAGCGUCGCCCGCUGCCCGAGGCCACGUACGCACCGCGGUGGCACGAUCGGCUGCAUUGGGUCAUGGCGGCGGUCUCGCACCCGCAGUGCUUCUUUGGCUGCGUGUACAUUUGGUUUGUGUAUGUUGCGAUCGUACUCAACUGCAAGUACGCGGCCCAAGCGUGGUUUUGGGCCCUUCUGGAAGUCUACACGGUCUACUUUCUAUUGCUCAAUAUCAUUUAUGCAUCGUCACCGAUCCGCAAGUCGAUGGCGGUCCCCGACCAACGACUCUCUGAGGCCCGACGACGCUCGUCCUUGCGUCAACCGCUGGCGCCUGUUUUUGCGCUCAUGCGUCGAAGCUGGUGGGAGCAGCUGUUUUGGGCCAUCGUGCUGACCAUGGUGCCCAUCUGUGGCGUCGGGUACGCCGAGCAUCUCUACGCGUCGCUACCCAACACGUUUCUCAUCGCCAACGUCAGUGGGGAUGUCAAUAGCUUGGUUUUUGUCGACAAGGACGGCCAGCCGUUCGCAGACGACCCGGCCCCGACCGUCUUUGCCACGCGUGUGGCCAAGCGAUGCCAAGUGUACCUCGUGCAUGUUGCGCUGUGGGUCGCAAUCAACGUCGUCGUGAUCUUCAACGGCGCGCUCUUGCAUUCGUGGGUCACGCAUGUGGCCCCGUCGACGUCGUUCCUGAUCCCACUGGACUCGGUGCUGCAAAUUCCAGCCAACGUCAACUACACCGUAAACGGCAAUCUCUCGGAUAUUUGCGACGUCAACGACGACGGUUCGAUCCGCGCGGUGUGGAAUUUGGCUGUGGCGCCGACGCCAAGUCAUAUGAACGGACUUCCGACCAUUGUGAUCGGGUUUGCCGAUCCAUUUACUGAGGACGAGGUCACCUUUACAGCGCUCUCGGUGGGCACGCUGGACGUGGUGACACUUGGCCCCAACUCUGUGUCGUUUCAGCCGCCCGACAUGACUGAGAAGCUCACGCUGCGCGCGCGCUUCUUUAACCUCUCAACAUGCGACGACGUCGGUGGCUUGCGACUCUUGUACACAUCGACGUACGCGCGGCCGUCGAUCCGCGAUCAAUUCGGAGGCUCCCAACGCAACGGGCUGCCGUUCUGUCUUCUCAUCAAGUAUUGCGUCCAGAUGUACGUUGUGGCUGGCAUUGUCGGGUAUUCGUCGCUCCAGAUCUGGUCGCUCUGGCUCCAGUUCGACUCGCUUACACGGCCACCCGACGACGACGACAACGCAGCUCGUCCGACCAAGAAAACAAAGUCGCAAAAGAAACUCCAUGUGGAUCUGACGCUGCACCAGAAUCUGAAUGUCUGGUACAAAUUGCGCUGCCGUGUGCUCAAGGUCGUUGCUGUCUACACGCAGUUUGUGUCGGCGCUCAUGUCGAUUGCGCUCGUUCAACUUGCGGUUGCGGUCGGCGGUCUUGUCAUUUACUGCAUCAGCGGUGACGCGCCAUUGCCCGGCUACUAUUUGCUGAUUUUGACGCUGCUGGGGUCGCUCUCGACACUAGUAUUUAUGUUGCCAUUGGCCAAUGCGCUCGACAUUCAAGCCAAUCACGAGGCGAUGCUCCAUGAUGUACUGCUCAAGCUCCAUCUCGACGCGGAGACGCGCUCCAAGAAGGAUCGACUGAGCUUGAUGGCGUGUGUGACGCGCCUCAUCGAGAAGGUCGGACAGAACGACGACCGGAUUAGUUGGGGCGUCGAGCUCUCGAUGGCGCGGCUGAUCGGACUUGCAUUCUCUAUUGGCUCGGGCUUAUCGGUCGUCUUUUCGCAGUCGGUGCACUACUCGUUCUCUGCGCAAGCAAACUGGUAUGACGCGUUUGGCUCGUAA